CACCAAGGUGGAGGCAGGAGGCAGACUAGGAGGUGACUGUUGAGAGUAAGUGAGCGGAUCACUCACAGUGUCAAGGGAAUUUCCUGCUGUGUAAUCAUAUAAAAACUCUUGAAGUGGACUUCCCUUUCCUAGGCCAAUAUGGACUAAGGUCUUGGGCCUCCCAGAACCUGGCUUUGAUGUAGGCAGGAUUUUCUCACUACUUUAGACUCUGGGGUCAUGGCAGCCGUACGGGACCCUGAUGACCCAUAUUUGGGAUCAGGCCCAGAUGAGGACGAUGAGAUCUGUGAGUUUCACAGUGACUCAGACUGUGGAAGUCUCCUGUCAGAUGAUUCUGUGCUCCCUGAUUAUGAGAGAGAGGAGGACAGCACCCAAAUCGCCAACACGCUUUAUGAAGCUUGCUCUCAGAACAACGCCCCGGCACUGAGGAGAAUCCUAGAGCGAGGAGUGACUCGUGAUGAGGUCAUGGAGGUUGACAUAAAUGGCUGGAAUGGAUUGAUGGUCGCCUCUUAUAAAGGCUACCUGCAGAUUGUCUAUGGACUGCAUGGCUGUCAUCACCUGGAUAUUAACCAUCAGGACAAUGAUGGGAACACCGCCCUUAUGAUCGCUGCACAAGCAGGUCAUGUCUCCAUAUGUAACUACUUCCUGAACUACUUCCCUGGAGUGGACACAGAGAUUCGAGACAGCAGAGGAUACACUGCCCUCAUCAAAGCUGCAAUGCAGGGCAGGAGUGAUGUAGUGGCAGCACUAAUCAUGCAUGGUGCAGACCUAAAUGCAGUAGAUUCGUACCGUGGCAAAUGUGCGCGGGACUGGGCUUUAAAAACUGGCCGUUUUGACACUCUGCAUCGCCUGCGCCGCUUGGCGCUCCGCCCCACAGCUGAGCAGUUUUGCCUCGCGUACCUGCCCGAGUGGCCAGACCUCAAGGUGCGGGUCGCCAAGGCAACAGCCAAUAGGAGCACACGGCAAAAGGUGGCUCACCGUUUGAAAAGCACGUUUGUAUUUAGCUUUCCACGGGACCCACAAGACAAUGGGGUCAUGGACCACAUGGUGCGAAUGACCACUGGCUUGCACAGCCCACUUAUCGCCACGGCAACACGACCACUCUGCCCCAGCAGGCCCCCAGAGGCAGGGAAGCGGCGGCUGACCGUUUCGGAGCUGAUGUUGAAGCAUGGACAGGAGCUGGAGGAGAUUUCAGUUUGCCAUCGUAAUGGCUCCAUCUGCUCUAUGGCCCCCUCAGUCCACUCAGCAGAGUGUGUGCCAACGGCCUGCUGUGCGGACCCGGAACGACGGGGCAGCGUGCUGUCCACAGCUCAGUCUGGUUUCAGGAACUUUAUCCCUCGCAGCAUGGCGGCACGACGGAACAGCAUCUUCCCUUCAGGAUGCGUGCCUCAGAUCAGAGUGACCAGGUCAUCAGAGCCCACACCCAAGAAAGUAAAAAAGACCAAGAUCCACAAGGGUUAUCUGGAGCCACCCAAGUGGAAAUACAAAGAGAACAAAGAAAAGAAGAAAAAAGAGAAGAAGAAAGGAGAAAAAGAGAAGGAAGAAAAAGAAAAUAAAAACAAGGAAAAGAGAAAAUAAGGUGUGGUUUGGAGGAAGUAUCUGGACAAUGCUCAAUGAAGUCCCUGGUGGGAUUUCUUUCAGAGUCUUUUGUGCUGAGCUAGAGACGUCAACAAUGGAGUAUACAGAAGUAAAGAGUUUGCUGUGUGUGGUGUAACUAACGUAUGGUUGAUGUUCUGAGCUUCUUCCGUAAGUUUGCAUUAGAGCAGGAAAACAUUACAGUUUAGUGUUUUUUAACUUUGGAGGCUCGUGCAUGACUGAUGUCCAGCACAGUUUGGUGAUUGUCCUGAAGAAAACAUCAAACUUUGCUGGACAGUGGCCCUCCAAGAGCUUCUGAAGUUGGACAUAUGCACACGUGUGUGGUUGGGUAAUACCACUGCUCUUCAUGCAGCCAACUGGGGUUUAAUUCCCUGUCUGGGUAACUACACCAUGCUACACUAAUAAAAGUCCUUAGGCAAGACCUUUAA